AUGCGCGUUUCCAUUCUUCUCGCUUCGGCCUCGGCCGCCCUUAUCGCGCCCACCAUUGCGGACUAUCAAGAGUGCCCCGACCAUCUCGCACCUGUCACUCAAUUCUACCUAUUUGGCAACCUUGACUGUGCCAAUAAUGGGUCGGGCAAGCGGCUCGGCAACGUUGAAGUGUGCAUGACGGACCUAGCUGAGCACAACUACGGCGAGCCUCAGGGCUGCCACAGGCUGGAGCAAGGAGGCGUGCUUUCCAUCUCGCAGUGGACAAAUAUCCAAGGAUGCAAUCUGUACAUGUAUACAGAUGCCGAGUGCCUGACUGGCAUCAAGAAGUUGGCCAAUAUGGGCGGAUGCAACUCACCUUCUGGGGACUGGAGUGGCAAGCCGUGGUUGGCGUACUGA